AUGCACUGGAUCGAGCUGUUCAUCAACUUUGUCCGUGGAAACGAGCGAUCCGCCGAGGUAGUCUCACAGCAAGCGACGAGCGAUCCUGAACCGGCGGUCGGCAAGUUGGGAGGCAUCGGAGAGGUGGACCUCGAGAUCUGCUUGCCUGCUGGAGGCGAGGAGCGCAAGAGGGCGCUCGAUGAAAUCGACUCGCUGGUACUGUAUGCGUAUCGACUCAAAUUCUUGCGCGAACUCAAGCUGCGUCGCAAGUUGGCCGACCGAGAAGUUGCUGGCGUUGCGGGGAAGCUGAUGGGAGCUGACAAGAAGCGCAGGGCAGACGGCCUCAACGAGGAAGACGAUUCGGCUUUCGUUGGAGCCAUGGUGGAGAAUUUGGGGGUCGGUGACAUUUUCACAGGCGAGGUAGCAGAUGCCGAAGCAGAGGAGGACGAGAUCGAGACGUCGGACGAAGAAGAGUCGGACGACGAGCAGGUUGGUGCGCUGCGUCACGAUGGACUCAAACUGCACAAAGUCGUCUCGAGCGACAGCGAGGCCGACGCCGAGGAUGAUGAAGAGGUGGCUCCGCGAUGGAGACCGGCGCCUUCACGCCAGACGACGCUCACGCCGGGCAGCUUGAAGCAGGUGGACAAAGAACUUCCGUCGUUACCCCAGGAUGCAGCCACCGAUGGCGCCGAUGCAGCAAAGAGCCGCAAACGUCGUAAGAUCCCCAGUCCCAAAGCGCCAGAGCUCAAGGUGCUCCCAGAGAUGCUGCCACUCUUUGUUGAGAUGGUUCGACCCCUUUUGCGACCAGCCAGGACGGCCAGUGCCUCGAGCUUCCGCUCUGCGAGCUACGACCCUUACACCUCUCAGCAACAACAUCAGCAGCAGCAGCAACGCCCUGGCCAAGUGCCUGGUCUGCAGCUGCCGCCCAUGGCAGCUUCAGGAGGCAACGGUGGGGAUAGAUUGGCGAGCGGUAUGCAGGACAUAGACCUAGCAGCCACGUCGUCGCCUACAUCGUACGUUUCUUCACCGUUUGCGACCCCGAGGGCGGAGGGCGGUCAGAGUCGGCAGGAUUCGCGGACGGAUCGUUUGCCUGGCGAGUAUCAGUGGUGA